ACCAAGUAAUUGUUGACUCGGAGGGGUCGGAUAAAAAAUCCCCAUCCUGCUUUGGUAAAGGCGACUAUGCUGUGCAGAUCAUUGUAGAAAAGUCUUCGCUGUGGUGGAAACCAGCGUGUCGGAGGACGCAGGGAGGCAACGCAGAGAAGACCGAGGAGCAAGGAGGAAGGGAGCUGGAUGAGCCAUCGGAAACGUGAUCAUGAACGCGGCGAGCCAUCUCAGGAGGUCGCUCCUCCUGUUCCUAAUGAAUGGAGCGGUGAAGAAGGAAGGUACCACAUCAUGGCAAGAGGCAUGAAUAUAAGUUGGGGCGACGAUGAUAGAUUCUGGAAGUGGCAUCGGCUUUCCGAGGAAGAGCUUCGUGAGCUUUCCAUAGAUCCAGAGAACCGGCUCUGUGAAUACGCAGAGCUCAAUCAGGUGAGUUGGCUGGAAGCAACAAAGACGCUGGACCUGGAUGACGAGAAAUACAAGAAAGUGUUCGAUGGUUACCAGGCUUGUGAGAUUUUGUACAACAUCAAGUUUAAGGUCGAUGCUUUCGGGUGGCAUGGCGUCCCCGUCACCUUCCAAGUGAACACCCCAACCCAAGAUGAGGGCUAUACGAAAGAUGAGAAGCUGGAGUCAUACAGAAAACGUACCAGCGGGUGGCAACAGAUCCAUGGUGGCGAGUUCAAAAUACCUAAAACUGAGAAGAAAGGAAAGGUCAAGUUCGGCAUGUAUGAAAUCAAGAGCCAGAGGUGGAAGGGUGGCAUUCUUCUCGCCGGCGUCACUCUCAAGCUUCGCAAGUCUGCCACCACCGAUUAGAUCACCAAAAGCUUCUUCUGGAUCUCAGUAUUUAUUUUAUGUGCCCUUUGUUUGAUGUACUGUGUUGGGAUCAUAGCUUCUUCCCUUUCGACGAACCAUGUUAUCCGAGCUAUAAACUUGAUGUGUUUCAUGGAAUGCAAACUUCAUGUACUUUCACCAUCGUAAAGGGUGAUAAUAAAGAACAUCGUCGCUGUAAAGAAGAAUCGGCUGACAGAUUGAUGAUGCAGUCGAAAACAUGCAGAAUUGUUUGCAUUGCUCACCUUAUAAUGUCUUAUAUCUCUCUUGCAGUAAAAGGAGUCCUGGAGAACAGCAUGAUGAAAUGUACUGAUACUGACAGGGGAUCGAAUCGAGCCAGAUCAUUCAACUUUGACAUGCAAAGAUUUGCUGCUGGCUCUUUUUGUGCACCGUUUCUAACGAUGCAGAUUUAUCCCAGUCGCUGCAAAGCCUAUCGAUCUCAUCUCCUCCGACGACGACGAAUCCAGUCAUCCGCGCUUGAUUUGGAUUUGGUGAUGAAAUGGUAAGUUUGGCGUCUGAAUAAGAUGACAGAAGCGAUUGAUCUCUCGUCGUUUCGAUCCUCUCGAUUUGAGUCGAUAAUAGUCGUCAAGAAAGUUAAAUUGAGUAGAUUAGAUAGAGAGUGGCGAGGAGAGGACAAAGGAAGAUCCAAAACAACCAGAUUCCGCGUUCAUUCGUCGCUUGGCUUCUCUGACCCGUUUGUCUGGUGCGUGACGACGAAGACAUGAAUGCCCGAAGCAAUCGAGUAUUCUAUAUAUCAGCCUGUCUUCCUCUCGUCCUUGACAUCGACUCCUACGCCUAACUUCUUCUGUGUUGGUGGCUUAAUCCAUUCGGACCCAAGAUGAGUUACUAUGCUCAGCAGCAGGCUCCUCCUCCUCCUCAAGGUAUACCUCUCUCCAUGUAAUGAAGUCGAGCUUUCCCUUUUCUCAGAGAUCAUGAACAUGCAACGGCAGCUGUUAUUUUUGUGUCCGCUGUGUUAGAUCAAACACUGUGGUGUCAAUUGAUGUUGAAGACAACUUAUCCCCCACCACCCAGUUCUUACCCUCCGCCGGAGCAGGCACCGACUUACGUGGCGCCUCCGCCGGCAGGCUAUCCGACGAGGGAUGGCGGCCUGAGUUCAGCACCGGUUCCGAUCGAGACGAAGAGCCGUGGCGAUGGAUUCUGGAAGGGAUGCUGUGCCGCCCUGUGUUGCUGCUGGGUUCUGGAUGUGUGCUUCUGAGGAUUGCAGCAGGAUAUAUACCGAGACCUCUACUUUUCAUGAUGCAGUUAUCAUUUGUGUGUUCUCUAUGUUUGAUUAUGACAUUUUAGUAUGAGAAUUUGUUGUUCUUGGAGUGCUAAUUUCACAGAUUGAUCUUUUUCUUA